AUGAAUCUAAAGACAGUCCUCGUUGGAGCGUUACCUCUCGGCCUCCUCCCCGCCGCCGCCGCCGCCGCGCAGACUCACAAGAUUAGCAAGUACGGCUGGUUUGGCAGCAGCAGCGCAGUCGAGCACGCACAACAAGUCAAGGCCAUCGUGUCUGAUGCGAGCAUCGACCUCUCCCAGCCCUUUGACGCCUUCACCAUCCCCAGCACGCUGUACGAAAAGCUCGGCCCCUACACCUUCGCCUUUGACGCGACGAACCGGCGGCUCUUCUUCUCCGUGCCCAACACGGAGCUGCCCUCGCUGGGGUACAACUGCCUCAUCGGCUUCGACCUGUCGAAACCCGCGGGCUCGUCGUCUUCGUCGUACGAGGAGAUGUACCUCUACGGCUUCGGCCCGGGCAACGUCUCCUUCGCCGCCGUGCCCGAGGGCAACGACACGCGCCUGUGGUUCGACGUCGACCCGGACCCGACCACAGGCCGCGCAACGGCCCUCGCGGGAUUCCUCUGGCUACCCCGUAUCAGGCUCUACAACCCGUCCACGGGACUGGUCAAGGCUUCGCCCGUCGCGGGGGGCGGCGCGGACGACUACUCGUCGACCUACGACCCCGCGACCGACAGCCUCGUAGUGCGCUACCGCCUCGGCAACCAGACGCGCAUCACGGCAUACGACCCCGUCCGCGCCUCCAAGAAAGACUUUUCCGCGCCGAAAUACGACGUCCAGUUCGCCUCCCGCGCGCUCAACACCGCCAAGUCCAAGACGGUCCGCGGGUGGGCCGUGCUGGCGCAGAACCUGUACGUCCUGACGGGCGACUCGGCGAGCACCUUUGCCGACACCAACGCGGAGAUUGUCAACGUGGAUAUCCGGACGGGCAGGACGACGCAGGGCCCCGUGGGUGCGCAGGUUAAUAAGCUUGGCUCGGGGCUGUACGAUGCGCUGCCGCAGGGGUUGGGCGUGCGCUACAAAAAGGGCGAGUAUCAUCAGCUGCUGUUUGGGGUGGCUGCCAGGACGUCGAGCCACAGGCAGGCGAACCUCUUCUCUGGCAGCAAGGUCCUGGGUUAG